AUGUUCACCUUGGGCACGCUGUUCAAGGUCAUGCCGUUGAGUGUGGUUGUCAGCGGCACCGACCGGUCGCUCGUGGUCACCGGCGACGAAACAGACCGGAACUUCUUGUCGUUGGCGGUGUUGUUCGUUCCAAUGGUUGACGAGCUCACGGUCCGCAGUUUUGAGUGUGCAUCUGUAGAUUUUGUUGAUAUAGACGAUUCCGUUCAAAGAGAGCUGUGGAUUCAGCAGGUUGGAGUUGGAAUUGUUCUUGAGUUUGCUCGUGAGCUUGUUCUUUGGUGGCACCUCCUUGAAGAAGAAGAUCACCUUCUCGAACAGGUAGCAGUGGACCUCUUUUUCAGACGAGUGGCCGUCGGUGAGCAGAUCUUUUACGGUGACGUUGUUUGCGUAGAGCAAGUCGCCCGCGCUGGUGACCGACAUGUUGAUGUUUUCGCUGGAUAUGAGGCCCGCUUGGAUGAGUUCUGCGCGGAACUUGUGCAGAAUUUCCAGGUCCUGAACGAACUUGCGCUCGCUCUCGACGAUUUCCCGCACAACUUUGGACCGCGAGUCGUUUACUUGCAACUGGUCGGGGAUUUCUGCAGCGUCGAACUUGGACUCGAAGUCCAGCACCAGAUUGACCGCGUGGAUCACCUUGAGCAGACUGUUUGUAUCGUCGGCAAACACGCUGGUGACGGAAAACAGCUCGUCGUCGCGGAUGUUGAGGUGCUGUUUGCACGCACUCAGAAACUUGUACACACUCAUCUUGCACACUCUCAAGUCGUCGGACGAAACAAGCUCUAUCUUGUUUUCCGGGCUCAGACUGUUGAAGAUCAGACACAAUGGAGCACCCUGCUGGAACAGCAUCAUCAGCGGGGUGACCGGGUCGUGGCUGGUUUGCGCAGGCAAUAUUCCUGCGCUAAAGGUGAACAAUGUGCUGUCCCAGAAGCCCAGCAAGGGCUCUGA